UCAAAGUGCAGAUUCAUAUGGAGUACCACUGCUAGUGCUACGCAAUAGUAUGGACACGCGUAACGGUAGACUAUUAUGUAUGAGAUGUUGGGCAACGCAAUUGAUUCAUCGAUCAUGACACUUUGAUUUAUAUAGCUUGAACUGAAACAGAUGGAUGCUUUUUGCAAAUAAUGCUUUUUAUUUCCAUCGACCCUUAUGACAGCUUUUAAGUUAAGCGGCGAUGUUUCCAAACUCCUCGAACAGCUCAACAAUGUCACCACAUCUCCAACAUAUGAGAAUCUGGACUUUAUUUUAUGCUGUCGAGAUUUUAACAAUCGCGUGCUGUUGCAGUGCCAUAAUAACGCGAGACGGCAAUGAUAAAACGCCAUUUUGCCAACUUAUACAAGCGGACCGCGGGCGUUUCGAGGUGAGUUUUCUGAGCCAUCAGCCGGACUCCUCAGCAUCACUGCGGUUUUACUGGAGCAGGUGGACAUUGGAGCGAAGGGUUGAGAAUUGUUUCACGAGUACUGACGAGACUUUAACCACGCGUUAUUUGUCCAUGUGCGAACACCGGGAGCGCGCACAGGACGUAGCGGAGAGUUUGCUUCACUUCAACUUAAGCGUGAUACUGGAAGAUGACAGCUUGUGUAAAUUUAAAAUCAAUCCGCUUAGCAGGUUUCCUUUUGGGCAAGCAAAUGUAAAGCAAAACCAAAGGAGCAUUACAAUACGCCAGAAACGCGCAUUUUUGCUUUUACCGGGAACCCUUUGGUGCGGCAGAGGCACGAGCGCAAACAACUAUGAACAGCUGGGAAUGUUUGAGCAUGCAGACAGAUGUUGUAGGGAACAUGAUCAUUGUGAGCACAUUAUUCGAGCCUUUUCUGUGAACUAUGGUGUCUUUAAUUCCAAGCUCUACACCAUCUCGCACUGUGACUGCGACCACAGAUUUAAACAGUGUCUUCUGGCUGGUAAUGACACCAUCUCCAACAUGGUGGGCUACAGUUUCUUCAACGUUCUUAAAAUCCACUGUUUCGAGUUGUCCCAAAGGAAACGAUGCACCCAGUUUAACUGGUUUGGAGCAUGCACAUCAUUUCAGGUAGCACCCGUGGCAGUAAUGAAAGACCCCACACCUUACAAUUCUACCGAUCUUAAUAAUGAAAGCAGUGACAUCACUGACCUGUCAUGCAAGAAAGAGCCAAUUAAAUCAUUGCAUAAUAGCAAACGAAAAACCCCUAAAUCUAAACAAAUGAGGUUGCAUAAGGACCAUACAGCCUGUGAUUCAGUGAAGCAUGCAAAGAAAGACACUUUCCAACAUCAAAGGUUUGUGAAAAAAUAUGACAAAAAGAAGAAAAUUCACAAGGCUACACCUCGAAAAGGAAAGAAAGCGAUGCUGUCAAACUCGCUCAUAACCUUGACCCCUUCACCCCGAACGCACGCAUCUGUAAUGAAUCAGCGGAUAUCUUUGAAGAACAAACUGGAAAUUGUUCUUCAAAACAUUGAGAGAGCAUUGAAGGCAAAAGUCACUCCUUCACCAUCAUCAGUAUCUGUAACAAAAUCACUCCUGUUUCAAAAGACUUCAAACGCUCCAUCAAAACGAACAUUGAUAACUAAAUCGAGUCUUCAAAAACAGAAAAACAAGGGGAAAUCUGUAAAAUCCAGAAAGCUAAAGAAGUUUAAACCUUAUGCUUCCUUUAAUCCAUCAAGAGGAGAUCUUUUCCAGCAAAAACAUCACGGAGGAAAAAAUACUUGAGAUCUUCAUUCAGUCUAUCCCUGUGUUUUUCAGUAUCAUUGUGUUUUUCAGUAUCAGCAGAAGAGAUUGUUUUAUAGCAAAUGAGGAGCUAAUAUUGUCAUUACUACUUUUCAAUACGAGCCAAAUCUGAUCCAGAAAAUGCAGAUGACUAAGGAAGUAAACUGUUGCCUACAAUUCGUGUGUUUGUUGUAGGCCAAGAAAAGAGAUUUAUCUUGUUGAAAUUGUUUAACUUAAUUUUAUAAAUAAAUGUUGCUUAAUAUAUGCUGAUUUGACAAAAAUUCAUUUUUUACAGUGGAGAUACAAUCAGACAUAUACACUCACCUAAAGGAUUAUUAGGAACACUAUACUAAUAAUGUGUUUGACCCCCUUUCGCCUUCAGAACUGCCUUAUUUUUAUGUGGCAUUGAUAUAACAAGGUGCUCAAAACAUUCUUUAUAAAUGUUCGCCCAUAUUGAUAGGAUAGCAUCUAGCAGUUGAUGGAGAUUUGUGGGAUGCAAAAGAUGCUCUAUUGGGUUGAGAUCUGGUGACUGUGGGGGGCAUUUUAGUACAGUGAAUUCAUUGUCAUGUUCAAGAAACCAAUCUGAAAUGAUUCGAGCUUUGUGACAUGGUGCAUUAUCCUGCUGGAAGUAGCCAUCAGAGGAUGAGUACAUGGUGGUCAUAAAGGGAUGGACAUGGUCAGAAACAAUGCUAAGGUAGGCCGUGGCAUUUAAAUGAUGCCCAAUUGGCACUAAGGGGCGUAAAGUUUGCCAAGAAAACAUCCCACACACCAUUACACCACCACACCACCAGCCUGCACAGUUGUAACAAGGCCUCAUAUGUUCUCAUUCUGUUUACGCUUAAUUCUGACUCAUCAGACCAGGCAACAUUUUUCCAGUCUUCGACUGUCCAAUUUUGGUGAGCUUGUGCAAAUUGUAGCCCUUUUUCUUAUUUGUAGGUGAGAUGAGUGGUACCCGGUGGGGCCUUCUGCUGUUGUUGCCCAUCCGCCUCCAGGUUGUGCGUGUUGUGGCUUCACAAAUGCUUUGCUGCAUACCUCGGUUGUAACGAGUGGUUAUUUCAGUAAAAGUUGCUCUUCUCUCAGCUUGAAUCAGUCGGCCCAUUCUCCUCUGACCUCUGGCAUCAACAAGGCAUUUUUGCCCACAGGACUGCCGCAUACUGGAUGUUUUUCCCUUUUCACAUCAUUCUUUGUAAACCCUUGAAAUUGUUGUGCAUGAAAAUCCCAGUAACUGAGCAGAUUGUGAACUACUCAGACCGGCCCGUCUGGCACUAACAACCAUGCCACGCUCAAAAUUGCUUAAAUCACCUUUCUUUCCCAUUCUGACAUUUAGCUUGGAUUUCAGAAGAUUGUCUUGACCAGGACCACACCCCUAAAUGCAUUGAAGCAACUGCCACAUAGUGUACAAAAUAAACACAUUUUUAUCUAAAAACACAUUUUUGCUAUCUUCUUAUUGUAUUUUUCACUCAUCCAGUAUUUAUUUUCUUGUUUAAAUAUUUUUUGCUAGGUAACGUAUUAUAAUCCACAUGCUUCUUGCACAUUUAUGUUGCUUCAGUCGUGGUGUCCAAUGGACAUGAAAAAAAGAAUUUUU